AUGGUGUGGCAGGCACAGCGGGGUGCUGCGGUGGAAGCAUCGUUGUGGCGCCGUCGAGCCCGCGAUGGUCGGUCGGCCCCGGGCGGCGGCGUGCAGGGCGGCGGUGGCGGGGAUGGACCGGCGGAGCGAGGCGGCGACGUGGUGGUAGGACGGGCCCAUGGUGACGAGACGGCUAUGGAGGUGCCAUUGGGGUGGUGGCUAACCUCACUCAAGUCUGUCGACUUUGUGAUCUCAGAUGCCGAUUUGGUGUGCGGCUCGCAGGCGCUGUCAAAUGCCAAGCACCUCACGCCAUGCCCGGACCCGUCAAGCUGCACCACAUCCUCCCCGAGUCGGCCCUCGCUGCCCCCGGUAUUCCACCGCCAUAUCGACGCAUCUGAACUCACGGUUGGCAUCUACUUGCAAUCAGAGACACUCUGGUUUCUUCCGCCGUUCACCAGCGAUCUGUUAGACCCGACUGGACCCCAGCUACCGUCGCAAUUCACGUUUGCAUCAGACGGUACUGCUCUACCCCCUUGGAGACCAGGCCGAGGUCAGGGCGUUUUCAAAGGCGACCUCUAUCCCGUUGUUGUUCUCAGGUCUCAUACCCUGCUCGAGGCGUUUCUACGGUUGUAUGCGCGUGACACUGGAAAAGAAGUUGGCAGUUUCGGGAUGGCUAUGAUUGCAUACGUGGAGCUAUACGUUGACAGCGAUGGGUUUCUGGAGAGUGACAAGCUUCCGGAACCGCUUCGGAGCUUUUAUGCAGAGAUUCGCAGUGACAGUAUGGCCAAAUCCGUGCGUCAAUGGACCCAGGAGCUGAAGGAGGCUUUGGGAUGUGCCUAG